AUGGUGGCCUGGCGCUGGGCGUGCCUCAUCUGCCUCGCUUUCUCCUUGGCCACUCUUGUCCAGAGAGCAUCUGGGGACACUGGUGGUUUCCGUCUGGAGGAUGCAGUGGAAGGAACUACUUCAGUAAAGCAGAGAUGGGACCGUGUCACCACCACAACCAGGAGACCCGGAGCGACCAGAGCUCCAGCAAAGCCUGCAGGGCCCCCUGCAGAAGAUGAUUUUAACUUGGCUGAUGCCUUGGAUGAUCAAAAUGAUCGUGAUCAUGACCGCAAAAAGCCAAGUGUGGGAGGAGGAGGUUUUUCAGACAAGGAUCUUGAAGACCUAGUAGGGGGUGGUGACUACAAACCUGACAAGGGUAAAGGUGGUGGCCAGUAUGGUGGUGGGGACAACUCUGACUCUGGAAUGUCGGCAGAGACUGGCACAAUCGCCGGCGUGGCCAGUGCUCUGGCCAUGGCGCUGAUCGGUGCUGUGUCCAGUUACAUCUCCUACCAGCAGAAGAAGUUCUGCUUCAGCAUACAGCAGGGUCUCAACGCGGACUACGUGAAGGGGGAGAACCUGGAGGCCGUCGUAUGUGAGGAGCCCCAAGUGAAAUACUCGGCCCUGCAGACGCAGUCCGCGGAGCCGCCGCCCCCUGAGCCACCCCGGAUCUGA